AGCUUGAGGACAGGAGUGAAAACAGCUUCCUCUGUCCCUGCCUCUCCUCCUUGUCCUUGCCAAGUCCACACUACAGCAGUGACCACAGCAUACCGCAGUCAUCUGGCUGUGGACCUGAGGGGCUCCAUGAGGGCUUCCGGGCAGGGGCUCACUGUCCUGUCGCUCCUGGUUCGAUGGAAAGAAUUAGCACAGCCCAUUCUUCCCAUGUACCCCCAGUGCCUGAGGGCACCUGCGCCCCAGUGGAGGUCUUAGCGUUGCUGGCAGGGCUGCUCACCCACCUGGGUGUGUGGAAAGCCUGGAGGAUGGAGGAUACGAGGAGGGAGGAGUUCUGCCCCCUCAUCCUCCUGUUGGCGUGUGGUUCCUCGGCAACCGCCCAGCCUGACACCAGAUUGGAGUUCACAUGAUUCUGCCUCAGCUCAGGAAUAGGCGGCCCCCGGCUGGGGAUUUUCUAGUUGGUAGCGCUGGGAGGUUCGGGCUGCGGGAAAUCUCGGGAGGGAGAGCUUGUCCUGGCUGCAGGGCCACCCAGGCUCUGCGGAGCUGCUGCAGGAUCCUGGCUGCUGGAGGGUGCAGGGGAGAGCCCAGCUGGGCUGGCAGGGGCAGAGCAGUCUUGGCCCAGAUACCCCACCGGAGGACUCCAUCCUGAUUCCAAGAGCUACCAAGGCUGGGGCUUCACUGCCUUCUUUCUCCUGCUCCCUACCUGGCUGUAGAGACCACACUGCCUUCCUGGGACUUGGAGGGUCUGGGGGAACCCAGGCAACAUAGUCAGGGGACCACCUUGCUGUGUUUAAGCAGACUGAUUUGUGGGUCAGAAAAUUCAUUUAGUAGCUCAUGAGCUGCAUCUAAAAAAUGAAAUAGAACAGAAAAUACCGAGGGGCCCGCCCACAACCAGUGAUGCCCUCCCCUUGAUAUAGCUUGAGCCACCUUCUGUAAACAAGAUGGCGGUGGGGAGUCCCUGAGCCCAUGAAGGGUGAGGCCCCUCCCAGACCAAAGAUGGGGAACAUCACUGCAGACAAUGCCUCGCUGACCUGUACCAUUGACCACACCAUCCACCAGACGCUGGCCCCUGUGGUCUACAUCACAGUGCUGGUGGUGGGCUUCCCGGCCAACUGCCUAUCCCUCUACUUCGGCUACCUGCAGAUCAAGGCCCGGAACGAGCUGGGCGUGUACCUGUGCAACCUGACCAUGGCGGACCUCUUCUAUAUCUGCUCGCUCCCCUUUUGGCUGCAGUAUGUGUUGCAGCACGACCACUGGUCCCAUGGCGACCUGUCCUGCCAAGUGUGCGGCAUCCUGCUGUACGAGAACAUCUACAUCAGCGUGGGUUUCCUCUGCUGCAUCUCCAUCGACCGCUACCUGGCUGUGGCGCAUCCCUUCCGCUUCCACCAGUUUCGUACCCUGAAGGCAGCCGUGGGUGUUAGCGUAGUCAUCUGGGCCAAGGAGCUACUGAGCAGCAUCUUCUUCCUCAUGCACCAGGAGGUCAUUGAGGACAAAUACCAGCACCGUGUCUGCUUCGAGCACUACCCCAUCAAGGCCUGGCAGCGCAGCAUCAACUACUACCGCUUCCUGGUGGGCUUCCUCUUCCCCCUGUGCCUGCUGCUGGCCUCCUACCGGGGCAUCUUGCAGGCUGUGCGCCGGAGCCACGGCACCCAGAAGAGCCGCAAGGACCAGAUCCAGCGGCUGGUGCUCAGCACUGUGGUUAUCUUCCUGGCCUGCUUCCUGCCCUACCACGUGCUGCUGCUGGUGCGCAGUGUCUGGGAGGCCAGCUGCGAGUUCGCCAAGAGCAUCUUCAAUGCCUACCACUUCUCCCUGCUCCUCACCAGCUUCAACUGCGUCGCCGACCCCGUGCUGUACUGCUUCGUCAGUGAGACCACGCACAGGGACCUGGCGCGCCUCCGAGGGGCCUGCCUGGCCUUCCUCACCUGUGCCAGGACUGGCCGGGCGCGGGAAGCCUUCCCACUGGGUGCCCCUGAGGCCUCUGGAAAAAGCGGGGCCCAGGGCGAGGAGCCUGAGUUGUUAACUAAGCUCCAUUCAGCCUUUCAGACCCCUAGCUCGCCUGGAGUGGGAGGGUCCCCUGUGGCCUAGCCUGGGUCACCCGCGUGUGGGGAUAGGUGAGGCCUGAGCCUUCAUCCCACUGGCCUUGUGGUCCUGAGCUUGCACCUGGUUGCCUCCUGCUUUGACCUGGCAGGUGCCUCUUCUGCUGGAGGGAUGGAUGGACUGGCUGCAGCUGGGCUUCUCUCGCCCGGGAGCCCUGCUCUAGCUUGGUGAGGCCAGCGGCACUGUCCAGGAUAGAAUGAGCAUUGUCAUUUCCUGGACAUCCGCUGCUGCCAGCUGGGGCUGCUGGUGGGAGGGAGGCAGUGACCUGUCACUUCCAGGAAGUUUGCGAAGAGCAGCUGGGGUUGGGGUGUAGAGUUCCAGGACACGGAGGCUGGGGAAUUGGAAGGUGAAGGCAGGGACCUGGGUGUUCACUUGCCACUGCCUUCCAGAGUCACUGUUGUCACAGAUGAUACCUGUGCAAAUGUACGGCAGUUACCUGAUGCUGUGACACAUGAGGCUGUAUUGUAGCCAUUAACACUAGAAAGCCACUCUACAAUGAGGUGGGCAGGGAAGACUGGAUGGGGAGAAGGAAGGUGGAGGGAUUUCCGGCACUGGGGUGGAAACAGGGACACUGGGGGAGUGUGGCAGGGAGAAACCCCAUCUCCAGCCAUGCCAUGCUGUACAGGGAGAGAUGAGAAGAUCCCCCAGUCUGAAGGGUAAUGGCAGACAAAGUCCAGGGCUCCUGGGGAGAUGCCUGGGCCCUUUUGAACAAUCACUUUGUCCUUAAUCAAGUUCUUGACACAUCUCUGCUACUUAGCUUUGUCUCCAUCUGCCCAAAAGUGCCAGACAUGGGAGUCUGGAGUGGGGACACACACACACACACACACACGCACGCACGCACGCACGCGCGCGCACACACACACACACACACAGGGAGAGAGAGAGAGAAAUGCCAAGGUCUCCAUGACAGCUGUGGCUGGGGAUUUAGCUCAGUGGUUCUGCUGCCUUCCUCCAUGACAGCUGUUUCCAAAACAUUGAGGUUAGGGUCAUGUCUUUUCGGGGCCCUGCUAUACAGACCAUAGAACAUCUAGCAUCUCAGAGAGGAGCACAGCAUUAUCCCAGGGUUCACUGAUACACCCAGGCCAACAAAACCCAUGCAUGCAUCCUGGCAUCUUUCAGCCCACAGGUCUGGGCUUAAGCUCCACUCUGGCUUAAAGAGCUCCUGUGACCAAGAUGCGAGGUGGCCUGGAACCCACCUUGCCUGUUUUCCAUGCAGGCUCCUCUGCCUGAUGUCCCACCUUACCUACCCGGAGAUGACAGUGGAUCCAUGGCUAUACGAAGCCCAGGACACAGACCACCAACUUUGUUCUGCCCUGGAAGGCUAGGUACAAGGCUUGUCUCUUGCAGCUUUUGUCCCUGGCCAUGUUGAGGUGUCCCUCCCACCCUCAGGACACCCACAGGUUUCUCCUGUUCUGUUUUGCAGUAAGGCUUCCUGCUCCUUGAGUGCCACCUCCUCACAGUUCUCUGGAGAGCGGCAGAGAGUGCAUGGGGUGCACCAGCCUCAUCUGACUUGUUCAAAUGAGGGACUUGGCUUUGUACUGUGCCAAGCACAGCCCUGGCCUGGUGAACAUACCAAAGGCCAGAGGAGCCACUUGCUGCCCCAGAAGAUCACCUUCAUAGGAAUGCUAGCCUUUCAGACUUUCUGUAUGGGGGCUAGAGCCAGCUCUGACUUCGCAGGACAUGCCCUCAAAGUCCUGGGAUUUGAGUCCCUCCAGACCAAGAGCUAGGGAGGCUGAACGGUGGCCAGGGACUAGGGCAGGAAAUAGAGAAUAGGUAGUGGUUGGCAUCAGUAGAAUGUUUCUGAAAUCUGCUGAGAGUGGGAGUUGGGAGGCCAGGCAGAACUUCAUCUUCAAUCUUCCUUCCCUCUUCUCAUCAGCCUCUAAGAGGCUCAUCCUUUAGUUGUGUCUUAAUCCUUACAUCAGAGGAUCCCAGAAGCAGAUAACCCAAGCUGGUAUGCCCCAGGAAGGGUGCAUACUGCAGUCCAAGGGCUACACUUGGCUGUGAAGCCCCACUCCAAUUCCUUGUGGAAUUGAGCCUCAAAUGACCUAGAAGGUUCUCUUUUUUUUCCUGGAAGAAGAACCAGGAUCUUGCUGGGGCAAUAGCAUUGGCUGAGCCUUCCUGUCUCUUCAUUCUACAGUAUUCCUCCCUAUUUUGAUCUUAAACACUGGCGUUCCUUCUGGCAUGGAUUGGGAUGAGCUGGGAGCAGUUCUGUUUAUUAUGGAGAAGUGUAUUUUUGUAUUGUCCUAUCUUUUACAUCAAGUAUACAUGAGAAGUAUUUGUGUGUUGGACUGUGCAAUGGAUUUAUGUAGCAAACCUCCUUCUGCAAAUAAAGGAAAGUAACCAGCCACA